AUGAGUAAUCAUCAAACUUCCAAGAAUCAGGUGUUGAAGCAACUGGAGCCAUGGUCUGAGCUUAAAGACAAAGUGGUUCUUGUGACAGGAGCUUCCUCUGGUAUAGGUAGAGAGAUCUGUCUUAAUUUAGGCAAAGCUGGCUGCAAGAUUAUCGCAGCAGCUCGUCGUGUCGACCGCCUCAACUCUCUCUGCUCUGAAAUCAACAGCUUUGGUUCGACCGAGAUCCGAGCCGCAGCUCUCGAGCUAGACGUUACAUCGGACGCAGCCACCAUUCAAAAUGCGGUUAAGGAAGCUUGGGAGAUCUUUGGAAAGAUCGAUGUUUUGAUCAAUAAUGCUGGAAUCAGAGGCAAUGUCAAGUCGAGUUUGGACUUGUGUGAGGAAGAAUGGGACAAAGUGUUUAGGACUAACUUAACCGGACCUUGGUUAGUCUCCAAAUACGUCUGCCUUUUAAUGCGUGAUGCGAAACACGGUGGCUCGGUGAUUAACAUCUCAUCAAUCUCGGGGCUUCACCGGGGUAUGGUGCCCGGUGGACUCGCGUAUGCUUGUUCUAAAGGCGGUGUUGAUACUAUGACGAGGAUGAUGGCUAUUGAGUUAGGUGAUUACAAGAUCAGAGUGAACUCGAUUGCGCCGGGGCUUUUCAAGUCAGAGAUCACACAAGGUCUUAUGCAGAAAGAGUGGCUCAAGAAAGUGACCAAGCGGGCUAUCCCGUUAAAGAUGCAACAGACCGUGGAUCCAGGGCUUACCUCUCUCGUUCGCUAUCUCAUUCAUGACUCUUCUCAAUAUGUCUCUGGCAAUACAUACAUUGUUGAUUCCGGAACUACAUUGCCCGGUCUGCCUAUAUUUUCGUCUCUUUGA